UCCGGUUCGCGCGCUUCGUAACCGCCAUCUUUCCCAUGCGGGCUCGUCUCCCAAAACCACUUGGCAAGAAGUAAUUCUACCUAGUCUGUAUAUUUGUUUUUGUAUUAUUACCAAUGAUACUAGUUCUCUAGUGCCAUUGUUCCAGACGUGAGUUGUGUUUUAAUUUUCAAACUGCUGGACACUUUCUCUGUGUGCGUACAUUUAUUACGUAUAUAUAUUUCUUGGUCAGUUCCAGAAACAUUGAAUCAUUUUUCUCGUGUUAUUACUUGACCUUAACAAGGAUGCCACUUGGUCAGAUAACAUUCUUCCAACGGAAUUGUGAAUUUUGUACAGAACUGUGUGAGCAAUGUUAUAUUUGAAUUGUUGAGUAAAUUUCGCAAUUUAUCGUGAUUAUUACAGUUCUUAAAAGAAAGUUUUUUGUGUAAUUUAGAACAAAAUAUUUUCUGAGGUUCUUUUCAACUGCGAAAUGUGAAUGAGUGCUGAGCAGUAUAACUGAUGAAAGUGGUGUUUGUUCUGAUUAAACCAACAAAAUCUACUUUGCUUCAAUAAUAUGAUCCAUUAUUUUCUGUGUAUACUUUUAUGUCUGUGAUGGUCGUUAGUGGUUGAUAUAAGUCGGCAAAUAUAUUCCCAUCUCAAAACGUUGUUUCGCAACAUUAAAGAGGGGGAAAUGAAGAAAUCAGUGUAAAACAUCUUGUGUGAUUUGUGAAAGUUUUAUUUGUAUUAAACCUGUAGACCAUCGCUCGUCGAGAUUGCCCCUGUUCAUCAGAUCGGCUUCAGUUGUUUCCUUAGUGUUUCUGGAUUUAAAAGAUGAACAAUGAACGGGCCCUCAGCGUCACGUACUGUGGGCCUCCUUAGAGUUAUCUUCUUUACUCUCUGCGUCAACAGCGACACGGCAUCGGCGACAGCGGUUGUGGCGACUGGUAAAACAGGCCCAGGGAUUCCAGGGGCGGUGGCCGCCUCGUCCCCUUCUGUGGGCGACACACUGCGUCCUAAACCCAGUCGCUAUAUUGAUGUGUCUCGGGGAGUAGAACGUCCUUACUUCGACGACGUUUCGCCACGAAACGUAACGGCAAUAGUUGGACAAUCUGCCAUCCUGAACUGCCGCGUCAAACACCUCGGCAAUCGAACGGUGUCAUGGAUGCGGAAACGCGACCUACACAUUCUGACGACCAGCAUCUUCACAUACACCGGGGAUGCAAGGUUCGGGGUCAUACACCCCGAGGCCUCAGACGAGUGGAACCUACGGGUCGAGUACGUUCAGAAGAGGGAUGCCGGCAUUUACGAAUGUCAAGUUAACACGGAACCGAAGAUCAACUUGGCCAUCCUUUUGAACGUGGAAGACACGCUCUCUGAUAUCCUUGACACUUCACUUGGAUCUCGGGCUUCGUCCGGCAACUCCAAACAAGCGGCUCAGGCGAACAUCUGGGGACCGGAAGAUGUCUACGUGAAGAAAGGCAGCACCAUCAGCCUCACGUGCUCCAUCAACGUCCACUCGACGCCACCCGGCUCAGUUCUCUGGUAUCACGGAGCUUCCGUCGUGGACUUCGAUUCGCCGCGAGGUGGCAUCAGCCUGGAGACAGAGAAAACUGAAUCUGGGACUACCAGCAAACUGCUCGUUACGAAGGCAGCGCUCUCGGAUUCCGGCAAUUAUACCUGUGUCCCUUCCAACGCGAACCCCGCCAGUGUCUGGGUUCACGUUCUAAACGGACUGCAUGCCGCUACAUUCCAGAGGUCAGUAUUUUGUACAGUCACCGCGGCGAGAUUGUGAAUCCAGUGAGGCGUGUGUAGUGAAGUAUUGAUUAUUGGGUUAUCUGACGGCGUCGGAGAUACAUUUUCUAUACUGGAUCCCUUCUGUUACCCCUAAGAUCAUAAAAGAAAUUACGGUGCGUACGUCCCGUUGAAAGCCUCCACCUAUAGGGAACAGGUAUUAGGAUUUACAGAUUAAAAUAAUGAAAAAGAAUUGUUAUAAAAUGUUAAACAGUUCCAUCCAGUGUGACUGGUGAAGACUUUCCUUAUUUCAAUUUUUCCUGCACUUACAUGUUCCG